AUGAGAUUACUAAAAGCUGUUCCAAGUCCAGCACAUCAGAGAAGUCUGUUUCUCAAAGCUGCAAAGAAUUUGAAGUUAAUUAAGCAAAUUGAUUUUCCAUUGGAGGGAUCAAAGGAAAUCCAGCCCUAUGGUGUGAGCUCACCACUUACAUUGCCACCUUAUGAUUCAUUGGCUCCAAUUUCCUUGCCUGGAAAUGCACCUCCUUAUUGUACAACUGCACCCGAUACCCCACAAACCCCAACUACAAUUUUUACCCCGACUCCAUCAAUACCCUAUCCACCAAUCCUUCCUAUUCAAAGCCCACCAGCAAGCCCAACUAUCAUUAUCCCAGGCCCACCAGAAUCUAUCUCCACUCCGAAUCCACCCGUAACCUUCCCAAGCCCAACAAUCAUUAUACCAGGCCCACCCGAAUCCACUCCUAAUCCACCCGAAACUGUCCCAAGCCCAACUGUCAUAGUCCCAAGCCCACCAGACUUCAUACCUAGUCCCACUAUCUAUAUCCCAAGUCCACCUGAUUAUGAGCCCAGCCCGCCGGCCCUUGUCCCAAACCCACCUUCUUCGGUGCCAUCUCCUUUCGGGUUUCAGCCAAGCCCGCCGGUGUUCGAGCCUCCUAUUAUCUUCCCCCCACCAACCACGCCACCGACCCCGAAAAGAGGCCCAAAGGCGGCCCUGUGGUGUGUAGCUAAGCCUUCAGUGCCCGACCCUAUCAUUCAAGAAGCUAUGAAUUAUGCUUGUGGAUCGGGAGCGGAUUGUGGGCCCAUUCAGCCCAGUGGGCCGUGCUUUGAGCCCAACUCAUUGUUUGCCCAUGCUUCCUAUGCCUUCAAUAGCUUCUGGCAAAGGACGAAGGUUGCUGGUGGCACUUGUGAGUUUGGAGGAACUGGCAUGCUAGUCACUGUCGAUCCAAGCUAUGAUGGAUGCCACUUUGUCUAUUAUUGA